AUGUCCAGCUCUAACACUUUGGAUCCUGUUUCCAUAGCAAUCCAGCAGUAUCAGAAUGCCCUGCUGCCGCAACAGAAAAAAGACUUCUUGACCUCGAAGGUAGCAGCACCACUCAGUGCCGAUGCAGUACUUGCAUUCACCGCUGAGGUCGACGCACUGAAAUCAAGACGGACAUCGCGCUGCGUCGCCAGCCGCCUACAAGGCACGCUACAAUCGGUACAGCAAUUCACCUCAAUCAUCGGCACCUUCGUUACUUCCAAUCCAGCAAUAGCAGCUCUCGUGUGGGGGAGUCUACGUUUAACAAUUCUUGCAGCAUGUAACCUGAGUAGCUUCUUCGACAAGCUUACUGGCUGGUUCAUGAAAAUGCAGGACUGCUGCCCACGUUAUAGGGAAUAUCAACACCUUUUCCCUGAGUCUGUGAGACUGCGUGAAGCUCUAUCAAACUUCUAUGCGUGCCUCAUUGACUUUUGCACGAAAGCGAUGGAGGCGAUCAACAAACCGGGCAUCUCAGACACCUUCAAAUGCGUACACUCCUAUUCCAGAUGCUUGAAGCUGAUCGUUCUCGCUUUGUAUACAGGCAUUUUACACUACGCUAAAACUAUUUUUGUUUCAUUCGACGUCGAGUUUGUCCAUUUUACUGAUUCAGUGCAAGAAAGAAGCAAAAUCGUCAAAGAAGAGAUCCGUCUAGCAGCAGACACAUGCGCCGAGCGUGAGCGACAACUGCAGCUUGUUGAGCGCAAAGAUGCAGCCAAGCACAGAGUCUCGUCCUUGGUGUUCCGUAGAACAAUAGCGCAAAAUAGUAAGGAGGAACACUUUUGGAGACAGCAACUACAAGUCAGUGAGCACCGCACUCGGAAACAACGUCUCCUAGACCAGCUUUCAUCCUUCGAUUAUCUUGCUCCUUGGAAGCGUGAGAGUAAGAAACGAUACGGUGAAACUGCCAAUUGGCUAUGUGCUACUGAAGAGUAUAGCCAUUGGGUCACGAAAGAAAGCACUUCAAUCUUUCUGCUAUCUGGCAAGCUUGGCUCUGGUAAAACGAUAUUGGCCACAGCUGUUGUUGAUGACGUUGUACGAUUUCAUCUACCUGGAUCCUCUAAAAUAGCAUAUUUCUUCUGUCGACACGAUCAAAUCGACUCGUGCGAGCCAAAAACGAUCUUGCGAUGCCUACUUCGCCAGUAUCUCUCAUCUAACGACCUGACUCGAUCGUCUGAAGAAAGGCUCUCCGGGAUGUUGGGGAUGAGCCCAGACUUUGAAGAACUCCAGUCAUUAUUUCUAAACAUAUGUGCAGAGUUUGACAGUCGAAUCUAUCUGUUGAUCGAUGGUUUCGACGAAAUUGAGAGAGCCCACCGCCUCAAAAUAUUGGGAUUGCUUUCACGGCUUAUAGCGCUUAAGAGAUCUAAGAUUAAAGUGAUCUUGGUAGGGCGUGACGAAAUCAUUCAGGAUGUGCGCUGUGCUUUGCAAGUGUUUCUCUGGGUUUAUUUCCAGAUAGAAGAUAUUUGCGAUCAAGCGACAGACGCAGAUAUCCAAGAAACUCUCAUUAAAUUGCCCAAAGAUUUGCAUUCAACAUAUGAGCGGCUUCUAGCUAAAAUCAUCAAGAGUCCGCAAAAGAUUUUCGCCCGCAGAAUGUUUGCUUGGGUUGCGUGCGCUAGACGACCACUCACUCUUCUAGAGCUGAGAGAAGCGAUUGCGAUUGAAAGACACCAACAAUGGAUGGACCCUAGUCGUCUUGUAAAUGACAUUGAUCAGAUGGUACCUUGGUGUCGUAAUCUUCUGGUGCUAGAUGAGGAGCAGUCACUCGUCCACUUUACGCACCCCACCGUGAAAGAAUAUUUACUCGAGUGUCAAAAAGAGCAUGUCUCUAUUCUAGGAGACUUUCGAGAUUCAGAAUCCAUGGAAAACAUUAUUGCGGAUGCCUGCUUUACCUAUCUUCAGUACCGCGAGUUCGGCCGUGGGCUAAUUUCACAACAAUCUAUACAAAUUGAUCCGAAACGCUUGACACAUACGGCCCUGUCUACAAAUUUGCAUCCUAAGCUAGCCACAUCUUUACGACUCCUCAAUAAAGUUGUGACACUACGUCAGCUGGAAAAAGGCAAGAUUGCCUUGCCUCCUCCAAAAAAUUCACCCUACAAGUCUCCUUUCUUGGCGUAUGCGAGUCAGUUCUGGUUAAUGCAUGCCUCUGAGCUCACACCAAAGGAUGGCGACGUAUGGCAGCACUUUCAGCAAUUGUUUCCUUGGGGCAACGCCGUGGCUGUACUACCUUUUUCCGUUGCCCAAUGGAAUCGCCUUCAACCAAUAGUGCGACAAUACGUAGUAGAGCAUGACCAUCAAGCGCUGCUGAGCUUGAUCGUGGAGAGAAUCUACCGAAAUUGGUGGACACAGGAGCAGAAUUCAAACAAUCGCCAGCCUUACGUUCCUGCCGAAGACGUGUUGGCUGCAAACAGUCAAUUAAUGCCUUUGUUGCGAAUGCUUUUACGAAAAGGGUCAUUCCGUUCUUUUUCACAAUUAGCAUUUCCGAUUACUCUAAGAACGCACUUAUUUGACCAUCAUGAAUCAGUGUGGCGAGAAUACACGAAACUUGCAUUACGGCGGAGGAAGAUUGACUUCGCGUUUUGGUUGCUUCGAUAUGGUGUGACAUGGAUAGAUGGCGAUAUUUUCAAAAGUAUCACUAGUCCCUUCCAGGAUACCGAGAUACAAGAGACAGUCUUCGACGCAAUGACUCACGGGAAUACAGCCCACCGUCACGGGAGACUUGAAGAAAUCAUAAUCAUGGCACUGCGGGAUAAAGCCACCGACUUACUUGCGCAGCUUGUUGCGUGGGAGAAUCAGAUCCCCUAUCCAAAGCCAAUGCGAGCAUUGCUCGAGAGAGCGUCAGCUAGGGGUAAGCGAGACAUUGUGGAGGGACUUCUGGAAGCCGGCGUGAAGUACAAGCAGUCUUCCAGGGUUCAUCUUACUCCUUUACAAGAAGCAUACUUUCAUCCGUCUUUGCCGUCCAAGCUUGAUAUCACAGAAGAAGUGGCAGAAGGAAAUCAGAGGAAGAGCUUCCGUAAGUAA